UGUAAGCAGGGAUGGGCAUAAACCAUAUAUGCAUAAACUCCCAGGUGUGAACGUCCCUUUAAAUAAUUACUUACUUUGAAUUCCUGGCGGAGGUUUUUCCUGGUGGCCUGAUGUGAACCGUUUUUACCUCUUGAACAGAUGCAGUAUUCAGCUGACGAUGUCGCAGCGGCCAGUAGUCUGCAGUUCUUAACGUACCUAUGCGUGUCAACGGCCACAUUCUGGACCUAUUAUUAUGCUUGGUCACUUCACGAAGAGUGGACAUUCCUACUUCGGUCGCGCUGGAACAAGGUAAAAUGCCUAUAUAUCAUCACACGAAAUGUCCCAUUUGUCAUUAUCACCUUGGAUUUAUAUCUGUAUUUCACCCCGGACAACCAUUCCGAGAAAUGCCUGAUGUUGAUCAAUAUUUACUCAAGUUUCGGCUUCAUAUCCGUCGUUUGCUCUGAAUCCAUUUUUGUGCUCAGAACAUAUGCGCUCUGGAACAAUAAUAAAUUCGUUCUGGUAGCCACGGUAUGCACCGCUAUUACCUUUGUAAUAGCGUCCAUCGAUGUUGCUUUCACCACUAUUGCCGCCUCACAUGUUAUGACCAGCGCGAUUCCAGGCAUCACAGGCUGCUACCGGACCUCGCAUGGUAUCCAACUCUCCAUGCCGUUUCUUCUCUUGUUUGUAUUUGAACUGGGACUAAUCUCUCUCACAUUGAUACGUGCCAUGCAGAACUGGCGGACAGUCAACGGCCCCCUGUACACCGUCCUGGUGAAGCAUAAUAUAUUCUACUAUGCAUGCGGUCUGUUUCUUGCGGCCGUGAACGUCCUCAUGCCAAUGCUGUUUUCCCAAUACGCAAUUCACUCCGUCUUCGAAAACCUCCAGUUCUAUGUCCUUGCGAUCCUCGCAACCCGCAUGCACCUCCAUCUCUGGAAUGUCGGUCAGGACCUUCAUAUACGUGGCUCGGAUGCCCUUAUGCUUGCUCUUAUGUCCGACGCGCCACUACAUUUCUCUGAUGCCCCUGUGCUUACACCCAUACCCGAUGCGCCAACUGCAGACCAGACGGUAUGACCUCUUAUCAUGUGGCUUAUUCGGCGUCGUUUGGAAUACAGACAAUUAUAUAUGACCGGACUCUCGUCAAUACCCUCUUGCCCCAGUCUAUUAUCUGGGGACAGACGAUAUAUGUUACUUCCCACCCACGUAUACGCUGAUUUGUACUCAAGUCUGAUCAUAGCGUUUAAUUUUCACAUAG